ACAACAGGAAGUGUGGGCAUUUGUGUUUGAACCAUCAGAAUGGCAGAUUCAGGAGAAUCUGACAAGCGGGAAUCAGAGGUAUACAAGGUCAAGUUGAUUUGUCUUGGCGAUAGUGCCGUUGGAAAGUCGAAGCUCGUAGAGCGCUUCUUGCUAAAGGGAUAUCAACCGCACGAUCAGUCAACAUACGCUCUGACGAGGUUUAGAUAUGAGACGAAAUUCAAAGGAAAACCAGUGGAAGUAGAUAUCUGGGACACUGCAGGUCAAGAAAAGUUUCAGACAAUGCAUGCUUCUUAUUAUCAUCAGUCACAUGCUUGCAUCAUGGUAUUUGAUAUUACAAGAAAAGUGACGUAUAAAAACUUGAGUGCGUGGUACAAGGAGUUGAGACACUAUCGGCCAGAAAUACCUUGUAUCUUGGUUGCCAAUAAAAUAGACGCUGAUUACAGCAUGACACAAAAGUCGUUUAACUUUCCGCAAAAGCAUCAUCUACCUUUCUAUUUUGUGUCUGCAUCAGAUGGAACAAACGUAGUAAAGGUCUUCAGGGAGGCAAUAAAGGCGGCGAUAAUAUACAAAGAGAAUUCAACCGAUUUUGUUGAUGAAGUGAUGAGGGAGCUGGAGGCUCUAGAUGGUGUAAAAAGUGAUGUCCAACUAGGUCGCAAUGCUGGUUCAGCAGCAAGUGGUACAUCAGUAUCUUCAAGUCAAGACAACGACUAGUCGACUGGUCAUAGUACAAUAUUCUACUGUGUAGUAUCAUUUGAACGUGUAAUGAACUGUUCAUAUUUCUCAUUACAAAUUAAUUCAAUUAAUUUUAUUUAGUUAUUAUCUUGAUUGUGUGUGUUUGCAUUCUGGCGUACUAUACUAUAUGUACUAUUA